AUGGACAAAAGUAAAUCAACACCAAACGCUAGUGGUUCUUCUUCGUCACUGUCGUCAGCAGCCACACCAACUGAGUCGAAAAGCUCUUUAUUGGUAUCAUCAUCGACAAAUAACGGUGCUGCCAUUGCUGCUACUAUUGGUGAGAGUGAAAUAACAAAAAACACGGCGAGAAAUACCAUGCUAUGCCGACCUGUGCGUCGGGUUCUUGAAAACUUUCUUCUUGUUUGGCUUGAUGCCAAUUUGAAUGAAUCAGAUGAAGAUUUCAAGAGAUCGCUACAACAUCUACAGCAUAUUGUGACAACAAUCACAAUAUUUACAGAUGCUGAUCAAUGUGUUGAUUUUGUCAGUGACAUUGAAGAUGAAAAAGUAUUCAUGAUUGUGUCUGAUGCACUGGGACAACAUAUCGUACCAGAAAUUCAAGCAUUGCCACAGUUACUCUCAAUUUAUGUUUUCUGUGACAAUCAAUCGAUCCAUCAACAAUGGGCCAAAACAAUACCUAAAGUAAAAGGUGUAUACACACAAAUUGAACCAAUUUGUGAAGCAUUAAAAAUCGAUCGAAGAAAUUGUGAUCGAAAUAUGACCUCGAUCAGUUUUAAUCGUAUUGAUCCAUUAUUUAUUCAUACACAAUUGUUAAAAGAAGCACUUUUGGAAAUCGAAGAUGAUGAUGCAAAAUCUAUUAAGGAACUCGUUGAAUACUGUCGUCUUCACAGUGAUGCUUCCGAAAAAACACUUAAAAUGAUCGAAAACGAAUAUCGUAAUCAUACAUCCAUUUGGUGGUACACUGGUCCAUAUUUUAUCUACUCAAUGCUCAAUCGUGGUCUUCGACAAAUGGAUGUCGACAUUAUUCUUAAAAUGGGCUUCUUCAUUCGCCAUCUACAUCAACAUAUUACAGACUUACAUCGUGAACAGCAAAACAGCAAAGCAGCCAUGCCAUCAAAAUUUCAAGUUUUUCGUGGUCAAGGCUUAUCCAUGGAAGCCUUUGAAAAAAUGAAGAAAACGAAAGGUGGACUUAUGUCGUUUAAUAAUUUUUUGUCCACAAGUAGUAAUCGUGAGAUUUCUUUAGACAGCUUUGCACGACUGGGAGCAUUCGAUGAGAAUUCAGUUGGCAUCCUCUUCGUUAUGAACAUCGAUACGGCUAUUUGCACAGCAUCAUCGACACCUUUCAUCAACGUCAAAGGAGUAGGGUUUUAUGACGACAAAGAAGAAGAAAUUCUUUUUUCGACACAUAC